AUUGAAAUAAAAAUUAAGCGAGAGAAGAUUUAGGGAGGAAGAGGAGAAGGAAGUUGAGAGAGCAACGAUAACGAUAAAUGGCAAUGCCCUGUUCCCGUUUCUUGCGACUGUCACCAUUUCUCGCCAUUCCAUUACCCUCGCCUUCCCUCUCUUUCUCUUCCAACUGCCACGUGUCAUCUUCUCCUCAACUCACAGUACACGACGACCACCAACAACCCCAUCUCCGUAGCUCACAGCUGGUGACAUUAGAAUAUGCCGACCUCAAUCUCUCUUACAACUUGGAUCUGGGUCACGUCAGGAUCAGGCAACAUGUUAAUCCCCUCAGCUCUUCUUUCUCCGUUCCUGCACAAGUACCAGAGUGGAACCAAGUCUUUGCAGACCCGACAUUGCCACUCAUGGUGGAUAUCGGAUGUGGCAGUGGCAGGUUCCUUAUGUGGCUCGCUAAAAGAAGUCACAAAGAGAGAAAUUUUUUGGGAUUGGAAAUACGGCAAAGGAUAGUCAAGCGUGCUGAGUUAUGGGUAAAAGAUCUAGCUCUUGAUAACAUACAUUUCUUGUUUGCAAAUGCCACAAUUUCUUUCAAGCAGUUGGUAGAAUCGUAUCCCGGGCCCUUGGUCUUAGUUUCAAUUUUGUGUCCAGAUCCACAUUUCAAAAAAAGACAUCAUAAAAGAAGAGUUCUGCAGAAGCCUUUGGUUGGUGCCAUAGUAGAUAAUCUAAUGCCCGGUGGACAGGUGUUUGUACAGUCUGAUGUGCUUGACGUGGCACUUGACAUGAGAAAUCAGUUUGAUGAAGUUGACUCACUCAAACACACUGAUGCUUUGAACCUGGAUAUGUUGUGUGACAAUGAGGGAUGGUUGUUAAGCAACCCCAUGGGGAUAAGGACUGAGAGAGAGAUUCAUGCAGAACUUGAAGGGGCAAAAAUCUAUCGAAGGUUGUACCAGAAGCAGAAAUGAUUUGUCAAGCUUGACAAGUUUUACCAACGGUUACUCUUCAACUGAGAAGCACAAGAGGAACCUGAUUCAUGUCAGACAUAAAUGGAAUGGAUGACUCUUGUCAGACACAUUGCACGCCACAUGGUACUUCAAAUCUUAACAGGACACUGUAUCUGAUGUGUCUGCUUUUCGUAGGUUCAACUGCAGCUAAAAAUCAUACAUGCUUUGGAAUGGUUAGCGAUAUUUUCUCUUUUGUGACUUGAUAUUUUCAUGGUGGAUUUUGUAACUAGGACUGAGAACUGAGAAGAACUGUGAUAGUGUGAUGUGUAAUCUCCUGUGUCAUGUUGCACGUAACAGGUUUAGGGCAUUGUAAUCUGGUGCUGCAGAUCUUUAGCACUGUUCAAAAUAUUUAUUUUCCAUAGUAACAAUUUGCUACAUAUACAGGGAAUAUUUCUGGAAUUGAAGCCUAAUGAUAUUGGAAUAGAACCUGAUAUUGCAAAGUUUUCUUCAG